GCCUAUACUAUUUCCAGGCAAACAUGCAUGUCUUAAGAGUCGAUGUCAAUUCUCCCUCUCGUUUAGCCACGCAGAGAGAGAGAGAGAGAGUAUAAAACCCCCAAGAUUGGCCUCAUCGUCACCAAGAGCUCGGGAUCAAAAUCAAAAACAUUCAGAGCCCUCCUGCCAUUCAUCAUUCACAAUGAAGUUCUCCCUCGCCACCAUUGCUGCGUUUGCUAGUGCAGUCAGUGCUGCCACCCUUCCUGCUGCCUUCACUCUCGUUGCGCAGAGCGGUUCUACCAUUGUCACUGACGGCGAAUACCUUUACCAGGGUCCAGAUGCCGCCGGCAAGGAAAUCGCUAUCUUCCAUUCCGGCACCAACGGUGCUGUCAGCUUCACCUCCAAGAGCGAGACCCCUACCGGAUGGCAGAACAUCUACGUGAUCGAGAAUGCGGUUGAUCCCGUCGGUCUCACCCGUCCCCACUCCGGUGCUAUUCCCGAUGGUGGAAACAUGCUCGGAUUCGGUGUCAACGACCAGGGCUAUUUUACUCACGACGGAAACGACUACUUCUCUGUCGAUGGCUACGGAGAAUCGCCUGAGAAAACCAUCUUUUGGUACGGUAGCCACAACAGCGAGUACAUGGCUACCUACCUGACGGUUAAGGAGUACAAGGAAUAAACUACUAGUACGGUUUCUGAGCAGAGCAUGUUAACAGGUAUAUAUAUAUAUAUCUUGAGAUAAUUUCUGAUGAGGACGUCAUAUCUCAUAUAUGAAACUUGACCGGGAUUAUAAUAAAUGUGAUGUUCAUGCCCUAUCUCAGGACACGUCCAUAGAGCCAUCGAGAAUGAAGGGUUGCAUUUCUUUUUGGAAAUUGUUUCCACUUUUCUAUAGCAUAAUAAAGCAUAAGUACGGAUACUUAAAAACCAUGUAACCAA